AUGCCUCUAGCAUCACAACUGGGAUUCGAGGAAUCCUCACUGGAAAUUUCAUCGUCGAGCACACCCCCUAGGGCCCAAGCACUUAGCGUGCGCCCGGAGGCAGCUAGACAGUCGGAUUCAUCAAGUUCGGGACCGAUUCGGAGGAACCGGGCUAGAUCAUUGUCGUAUGGACCCGCAUCGAGGUCUUCAUCCCUGCAACCGGCACCAACCUUUGCAGCGAAUGUUGGCCCUGCCCGUAGUCAGAACCCAACCGGCCCGAACACGAGCCAUCAGGAGUUGCACUUGCAUCAACAUGCCCAUCGGCAGCAGGUCCUUCAGGUUGGGGUUGACCCGGUAACCCAUGCGAACAUGCAAUCCGAAGCAACAUCAGCCAUCAUGAACGCCAGAGCUGAGACAGCAGCCGUGUUUGGCGAAGCCGAAGCAGUGAUUCAGUCUCUAAGAUCAGAGAACCAACAGCUAGGUGCCCAGGCCGCUGCGAUUCAGGGUGAGUCGUAUGCCGCCAUACAGGCGCUAAGGUCCGAAAACCAGCAGUUGGGUUCACGCGCUUCGGUAAUUCAGGGUGAAGCUGAAACGGUGAUUGGAAACCUCCGAACUGAGAAUCAACAGUUGGGGGAGAUGAACCGUGAGCUCAACCAGAGGCUCGAAAAGCAAGCUAAGAUGAUCCUUGAGCAGCAAGAGUUAUCUAAGGCUAUGCAUCAGCAGCUAAUCGCGCUUCAGUCGCAUGUGCAAGCUGCCGAACCAAAGAACCCAAGCAUCCCUUCAUCGGCUAUCCCCGCGAGCUCUACCCAAAAUGGCGCGGAUCAGGCUGCGUCUGCAUUCAACGCAUUGCAGGCACUCGCGGGUGAAGUUGGGGGAACAAUGCGAAGGAUUGAACAAGCAAUUGAGGCUACGGUUAGGGCCAUUGCACCAUCAGUUGCGCUGCCGAUCCCAGCUAAGGCUUCCGGUUCUAGCGGUUUCGUUGCUCCUAGUCCGGUUGAGUUUGGGGUACCACCGUAUCAAUGCAGUCGUAAGAACAUCUUCACGGGUAGAUUGCAUUCCGCAACACCCGCACAUCCUCCUCCUCCACCACACUCUGCACCGCAGAAGCUCAAGCCUCAAGUCUUCGACAUAGCAGAUGAAGAUGACUUUGAUGAGCAUGGUGAAGAUGAGGAUGAUGAGGGCGGAGAAGAUUUCGAGGAUGAUCCAAUCGUCCCGGUUGCGGCUCACGAGCCCGAGGAUGACAGAGAUUACGAGUCUAGCAUUUACAAGUACAAAGACCUGAAAGACAUCAAGCUUCCCCAAAUUCCGGGUUCCAGCGUUGAGUUCAGGGCUUACCGCAAUUCGGUGUUAACACAGAUCGCGUCAAUAGAUUGCAGCGGCAAAGCCGUCCUGUUGAAGUGGCUUCAAAAGAGCUUAGAUCCAUCAGGUAGCAUUGCAUUGACACGGUCGCUUCAGCGGGAUUGUGAGGGUUUGCCUAGACUUGAUGGGUGGAUUUCCGCGUGCAUCAGUGAUGCGAAACACCUAAAAGGUGAAUGGGGAUUGCAAGCGCAGUCGUACUUGGAAAGGUGUCAUGCGUCUGGAACGAUGCCAUCGGGUCGUGCCCUCCUGUCCAUUCUUAGCAGAAGAUACCGGAUAGAUAAAGUGCGCGGGCCAUUGGUGACACUACGAUCCUUGUUCGAUUUAGAACCUGACUCAUUCUCCUACCAAUCGCUUGUAGCCUUCAAACAACGCGUCGAGUACGUGUUGAAUGGCUUACCGGAGCGGCAAUGGCCAGACGCCGAAACAAUGUUUUCAUGGAUCUACUCACGGCUAAAGGGGUGCAGGAUGCUGUCACGCACCAUUGAUCGGGUCAAAGAUGCCAAGCCGGGUUCCAAGCGUAGGACAUUUGAGUACAUUUGGAAUGGGCUAGAAGAGGUUCUUGCAGAAGUGCGCGAGGAUCGAAAUGAGCAAGCGCUAAAGGAUUCGCUCAAAGAGGAUUCCAAACAAAAGCAGAAACCAGAUGCCAACGCGAAAGGCAUUUUGACUGAUAUGUUCAGCGAUCACAUCCGGUCAACCAAGCCGUUGCAGUUUGAAACCGGGAAUGGUGUGACGAGCAGUGGGGAAGGUUCCGGUGCCGACGAUGAGGGUGAUGAGGAUGCACCAACCAAGGCUCAGCGGCUAAUCACUGAAGCCCAGACGCGCUAUGCAAGGUGUGAUGAUGAGUUAGAUCCGGUUGACGAGUUCGGCCAACGGAUAGCGGCUGACUUCAUCAUAGUGCACAAAGAGUGUUCGAGGGCUCUUCACAUUGCGGCAGGUUUUCAGUUGCAUUCGGGUCUUUGGGUCCAUACUGUCCGCUAUGCGGCACACACCAUUAAUCUCUUCCACCCUGCGGUUGGGAUUGAGGGUAGCCGGUAUGUAAACGCGGUUGGAUCCGAGUUUGGUGGCAUGAAAUUACAACUUGGUCAGCUGGUCUACUACAGACUUGACCCGGCAUAUCGUGAGAAGUUUCAGGCAUCAGCAGCGCCAGGGGUGUUUGCAGGUUGGCGGUUCGAUAGUGGUCCAUCAUCUUUCAGAGAAGUCUAUCACGUGUUGGACUAUGGUAAGCUAAAGAACCGUGAACCGGGGUACGAAAAGGCGAUCUCCGUCCCUAGAGAGGAGAUACAUGUUCCCCGCGGUAAUCCCAUCCUUCCGAUGUUCACCGCUGCAGAAGCUGCUUUGUCUAGUUUCACGAAAGCCGAGUAUGAAGCCAUCGAAUUCCUUGAUGUGCCGUUCAGCACGGUGGCACCAUCAACACCUGUGGCAAAGCGCCACGAGUACAUCACUUUAGAUAGGCUCAUGCGACUAGGCGCAACACCUGGUUGUAAGGCCUGCAAGUUCGAUGGAACAGUACACACACCAGUAUGUAAGGCAAGAUUCGAUGGUUUGAUUAAAGCCGAGAAGAUUGCUGCGAGCAAGUCAGUCAGAGACGCGGCACCGCCCGAUGUCGAGCGCCCUGAUCCUUCGGCGGAGUCUGCACCCGCAGCCCCCGAGGGUGAUGAGGAUGCCCCAGAGCGCGCGAGCUCCUCUGCUGGCCCACGAGCUCCAGCUGGUGUUGUGGUUCAGUCUUCUGAAAACAAGGUUUCAACAGGUGAGCUUGGUUUGAGUGCAAGGUUUCUCGCAAACGAGAGAGCGCGCAACAACACCAGAAGGGUUAAGGAACUUCCAGGGGAAAAUGUUCUGAUCGAGUAUGGUUGUGAAGACGCCAUCACCAUCGCUUCAAACUCUAGGCGAGUACUGGAGCACUUCGCAAAGGUGUCAACAAAGGAGUCGUCAGAGAUUAAUGCAACCAGCAUCAAGGCAUAUGAGUUUGCAGAUCUCGUGAUACAAUCCUUGUUUCCCCAGCGGUACUUCAAAAGUGUCCCCAAUCUUGGUAAAGCGAGCGCGCUUAUUACCAAGAAUCUCUCCCGCCGAGAAUGGCAAGCUGAGCCGAAGGCGCUCGAGGCCAUCGCUCAAGAAGCAGAGGGAUUGCGCCGAAAUGGCACAUGGGAUGACACAACAGCCAUGCCACUGCAUGAGCUGAGAAGUCAGGAGCGUUUUGGAGCGCAAGCGCGAAUAGUCGUUCGACUUCGCAAGAGCUUGUACGGCGGAAAGGAGUCCCAGGAGUUUCCAAGCAACUGGUUCUUUGAGUACAAGAUCACCGGGACAACGCCCGACAAGCUUCGUCGAGUGAACACGCCCUGCAUCGCUGAAUCGUCAAUGACCGACGAGGAUAUCUCAGCGCAAGGCGAGCUCCACGAUUCAGCAUCACGCAUCUUGAUGCGCUGUUUGUGGUUAGCUCGUCUCUGUAGAGCUGACAUCGCAUUUGCUGUAACUCGCUUAGCUUCCAGGAUCACUCGUUGGACCGCCUGGGAGGACAGACAAGUGCUCAGACUUGUGUCGUACAUUCAUCACACUAGAGAUGUUUGCAUGAAUGCCAGUUGCUCUUGGGAUGCUGCUCCCGAGCUACGGGUGUAUACAGACGCUGACUUCGCAGCCUGUCCCUACACUUCACGUAGCACGUCCGGGAUUGUAGUCCACAUAGGCACAGGUCAGCAUGCAUUCCCUGUGAUGUGGCAAAGUCGCAAGCAAACGUCUGUUGCGAGGUCGACGCCAGAGGCCGAAAUGAUCUCAAUGGCAUCAGCCAUGUUUUCAGAGGUCAUAAAUUUGCAGACGUUCUUACAGUCAGCCUUCAAAAGCACAGUGCCGAUCAUCUUCUUCCAAGACAAUGAAACUGUCUUGGCCAUCCUGAAGUCAGGAUACAGUCCUAAGCUUCGCCACUUAGGGCGCGUGCACCGCGUGAACGUGGCAAGUAUGGCAGAGAUCUUUGAGCAAGAAGAGUUUUCGGCUACUUACGUGAACAGCAAGGAGCAAUUAGCUAAUGGUUUGACUAAGAUCAUCCCUCCUGCUGAGUGGUCUGAUAUGCUCACACAGUUGUGCCUUCACGAAGGUGUCCCUCACAGUGCGACCGUCUCAAAGGUCGUAGCUGAGGAAGCAGAGCGUUUUGCAAGCUCACUGCCUAGAAAGAUCACACAAGAAGACCUUGUGCAGCUUUUGUCGUACUUGCCAGGGGAGAGCGCCGUGCGCCCCUCUGCAAGUGAGGCAAUGUGCUUCACCACCGGUGCGUUCGCGCACGGAGGAUUCAAGAUUCAGCUCCACACGGAAAUGUUCAUGAGCUCGCUGAUGGAAUUCCAUAUCUGGCCGUCUUGGAAGCAUCGGGAGGACAAAAGCUUCUUCAUUAGCGUCUGCCACCACAGCAUGCGGGAGAACGUCUGCAAGCUUGGCCAGGAUGUAUUCCUGCCCAACACGAAGUGCAACCACGCGUACAUCCUCCAGUCGGGCAGCUUGGAGUAUAGCGUGCAUCGUCUGGCACCCACCCACUGCGAAGCAGAUGGCGGCAAUAACAUUCUCUGUUUGCCAGCCAUUUGGGCCGAGUGGGAGCACGCAGGGCGCCUCAAUGCCGCGAAUGGCCUCUGCUACUAUAUCAGUGUCGAUUGCGCGCAGGUGUGCAAAGCUGCUGGUAACUUCGGAGGCGAAAUGUUCGAGUUUCUCAAAAUCCUGGGCCUGCUGAUUGUGGGCCGCAUCGAGGCCCUGUACGACCGUGGCGAGAUCGUGACAGAUGUUCUCUUUGACUAUGAGGUGGAUAUUCCCAACUUCGCGCAGCGCGCAGAGAGAUUCGCAUGCAUGAAGACAGCCCAGGCCCAGUCCCAACGGACGGACUUCUUCAAGAACAAAGAGAGCUCUCGCACGAAGUCCAUCGAGUGCUGA